AGAGGUGGACCAGUUGGACAGAGGGGCCUGCCUGGGAAGGAUGGACCACAAGGACAGCAGGGUACGACAGGGCCCAUGGGCAGUCCUGGAGCCCCCGGGGCCCCUGGUGGAAGUGGCUCUCCUGGACCGCUGGGAGACCAGGGACCACCUGGCCCUGCUGGUACCAAAGGAGACAAGGGUGAACGGGGAGACCUGCAGUCUCAAGCUACCGUCAGAGCCUUAGCACGCCAAGUGUGUGAACAACUGAUUCAGAGUCACAUGUCUCGCUACAGCUCCAUCCUGAACCAGAUCCCCAGCCAGUCAGUGUCUGUGAGGACGGUACCGGGACCUCUCCAGGAGAGCCCGGUCGCAGGGGUCUGCCAGGGCCACAGGGAGAGGGGGGCCCACAGGCAGACCAGGGUUCCCUGGGACCAACGGACAGGAUGGACGACCGGGGGAGAGAG